AUGCUGAACACUGUCUUGCCGGGCAUUAUUUUCGGCAAGAUCCUUGCUCCUGAACGUGGUUCGACACAAUCACUAAUCAAUAAUAUCCUCAAAGGAGAUAGGUCAGCUCUGGGGUUCCUUCCUCCACAGUGGUAUGUUGAUGUCACAGAUGCUGCAAGGCUACACGUCCCCGUCCUUCACUCUCCUUCGGUAAAACUCGAACGAAUCUUUGCCUUUGCUGCCUCUCAGAACUGGAACGAUAUCAUCAGAGUCCUACGAAAUCUCCGUCCGGGUAAUCCUCUGAUUCCUCCCAUUCCUCAAGAUGAGAUACAGGAUUUGAGUGAUGUCUUGUCUUCUAAACGGGCGUAG